AUGUCGUCUCUACGCAACUCUCUUCAUCGUCGCAAUCAUAAGGAGCGCUCCCAACUCGCGCACCGUGAACGAUUCGGAAUCCUCGAGAAGCAUAAGGACUAUGUUCUCCGUGCACGAGACUACCACUCCAAGCAGGAUAGGUUGACGCGGUUGAGGCAGAAGGCGUCGGAAAGGAACAAGGAUGAGUUUUACUUUGGGAUGAACGGGAAGCGAACGGAGGGUGGAGUGCAUGUGCAGGAUCGAGGCAAUGCUGCUCUACCUGCGGAUAUGGUAAAAGUGCUAAAGAGUCAGGAUGAGAAUUAUAUUCGGAUGGUGAGGACGGCAGGGCUGAAGAAAAUCGAGAAGCUCAAGAGUCAACUUAGCACUCUGGCUGAUCUCUUUACCUCGCCGAAUGGAGACGAUGAAAAUGUUCUCGACGAGGACGAGUUGGAGGUGUUGAGAGACGCCGGGAUCCUUGCUGGCCCAUCUGGUUCAGGAAGCCGCAAGACGCGGAAAAACAACACAAAGCACAUCGUUUUCGUGGAGAACGAAGAAGAAGCACAACAAUAUCGUGCUGCAUCUAAACCGAUCUCUGAUGAAACUCCUAUGGACAUUUCUGAGGACUCAUUACUCGAUCUUGGUUGGAAAGCACCCACGCAGGCCAAGGUCGCCACCAAAUCCAAGAAGACGACAGGGGGAAGGAAUGGCUCGGCUGCGACAGUCGAUAACGAAGGAAAGAAGGAGGCGACUAUUCAUCGGCAGCGGUUACUCAAAGAAUUAUCGGCACGAUUGAGCAGGGACCGCAUGCUUCGGUACGCGGAGAGGGAGCUCGAGAUGCAGAAGCUGCUCAUGGGUAGAGGGGGCUCGCAGAAGAUCCAGGGUGUCACGAAAGAAGACGAUGACGACGAUGAUGAGGAGGAGGAGGAAGACGAAGAUGCACGUCCUUCCCAGGCGAGAGGUGGCCUUCCGUCGGACGCAAAAGCGUACAAGCCUCGGGUGUACAAGUGGCGCGCUGAACGCAAGAGAUGAGUUCUAAAUGUCGCCGUCGUGUUCUGAUAGAUUUUGCCUUCAGUACAGUGGUCGACCUUGUGAGGCGUUUCGGAAAAUCUCACAGUUCGGUUGAACUCUUGUAUCCGUCACACGUAGACGACGGUGUGCUGGCUCGAAGCCAACUACGCUCAGGUGGACGUAUCACUUGCGAAUUCACAUGCUCUUCGCUUUUAUCUUUCCGCUUCCAGCAGAUCCUACAUC